AUGCUCGUCAACCUAACAAUGAAAAAACAACAUCCCGUUACGCAAGAUCCAACCGGAGACCCAGGUACCUCGGAGCCGCCAGUCGACCUGUACGUGCCGCCUUAUGGACGUACCGAGGCAGAACUUAACUGGUCCGCCGUUCAACCAUACCUGCAGAGCCGUGGAUACAUGUUGCGACCUCGAUAUCAUCCGGGUUGGGUAGGAUCAUGGGUCGGGACGAAGAAAAAACCGGAGAAGUGUGUUGAUAGCAUCGGAAUCAGCGAGCAUGGUGUUGUGAUAAAUGCGAUACGAAUGCGAGAUGGAGCACCAGUUCUCCUCAAAAUUUGGUCGUCGACGUCCGCGCAAGAUGGGAACGAAUUGGCGGUCCUCCAAUAUUUCUCUGAUCCUGCACGCUCGGGCGAUCCCGACAAUCGCUGUGUUCCGCUGCUUGACACGAUAGACAUGACGGAGUGGCAAGAAAGGGGGGUUGAUUACGUAUUGGCGUUCGAGGUGGGUGGCGAUGCUUUCGUUGCGAACCCGGAUUUUGAGCGCUUCCUUCAGGGCCUGGCAUACAUGCACUCUCACAACGUUUUUCAUGGAGAUAUACACCCGGGUAAUAUCAGGAUGGACGCGAAGAACGUGUUUCCGAAAGGCAUUCCUGGGCCGUACAACUUCCAUCCGGACCAUCCUCUCCUGAUGAAACAAGCGAAACGGUUCAAUACGAUGCAGGCACCGCCAAAAUACUAUUACAUUGACUUUGGCUCGAGUACUAUGUUCCCCAGCUAUGAAGAGAGAAAGCUUGUCCAGUUCAACGCGGCGGCGUUCAUACCACCUGAGUGCAAGAAUGACGCCGAUGCACUGUAUGACGGAUUCAAGGCAGACAUAUUGCAACUUGGAGCUACCAUCACGAUUCUAAUAAGGGCAUGCGACCGACCAGAACUUAACUGGGUCAUAUAUGCGCUCCUUUCGCGCAUGCUGAAGAGAGAUCCAGAAGAGCGUCCACCGAUCGAGGCGUUGGCCACAGCCUUUCGGGAAGUUCUGCGGGAUAUGUCUAACCGAGAGAUGCGGCAAAGAUUGAGCUGGACCAAAAAAGCUAGCCCACCAUUUCCACUGAAAGUUCGAUAUUGGUUCGACUAUCUUGGGCUGUGGUGGCAGUCUUUCCGCUACGGUCUCCCUGACGAUAUUCUGCUCAACGACCCGAGCGAAUUAACCCCGACCCGCCCGACCCGUCGCCAAGCUGCGAACACCGCUGACCGGGAAGCGAAACAAAGAUUAGGCUGUAUCAGAGAAACUCGCACUGGAAGCUCUGCAAGCCCGACAUCGAAUAGACUCUCUUAG